AUGGCACAGUUGCUAACUGUGCGGCUGAACAAGUCCGACCAGCAGCCACUGGGAUUCCGGCUGCAGGGCGGGAAAGACUUCGGCACACCGCUAGUUGUCCAAAAGGUGAAUGGCGGCAGCGCGGCUGAACGCGCGGGGCUGCAAGCUGGCGAUGCGGUUAUCCGCGUCAACAAUACCGACGUGUAUAACCUGCGCCACCAGGAGGCGCAGGACGCCAUCCGCGCCGCCGGCACUGCCUUAGAGCUCACAGUGCAGCGUGGCGGCAACACUUGGCGGCCAACAGUGACUCCGACAGGCAGCCUGCCGCGGCCUGGCACUAGGCCGUUAGGCGCCGCACCCGCGCCGGUAACCAGCACCAGCCUCAAGGCCACGCCCCAACCUAACCGCAACUUCGGCUCCGGACACAACAACGUCGCUAAACCCUUCGGUUACAUGAACGGCACGGACUCUGGCAAGGGGCUGGUGAACAAGCAGUACAACAGUCCUGUAAACAUGUACAGCGACAAGACCAUCGCCGAGACCCUCUCCGCACAAACUGAAGUGUUGGCUGGCGGCGUUCUCGGGGUCAAUUUCAAGAAGAAUGAGAAAACUUACGACGCGGAAAAGAGCGCAGUUUUUAAGGUUUUGCAAGAGGAGCAGAACGACCCUGAGCCAGAGAUGGGCGGAGCGCCAGCGCCCGCGCCCGUGUCCCCCGCGCCGGUGUCGGGGCUGCGCCACGUGUCCGCGCCCGUGGCUAAGCCCGACGCGCCGCUCAACACCGGCGGCCUGCCGCCCGGUCAGAACAUUUGCGAGGAGUGCGAACGUCUCAUCACAAUUAAUAUUGUGAUGGAUUGUUGCGGGUCGGCAGAGGCGUGUCAGUUUUACUCGCGCGCGAGCGUGUGCCGCGCCGGCUCGUCGAGCGCGGUGCACGUGCCGCACGCACGCGCUCUCUCCCCGAGAGUGGAGGUGUCGCCGGUCCCGCGGCUCUUGGCGACCCUGCCGACGGCGCCGCAGCCCAUGGCGACCCAGCCGUCGACGCCGCGGCACCUGAUGCCGGAGCCGGCGCACCGCCCUAGUCUGCCGCUGAGUCUGGCGCCACACCACCCUGCCGCGGUCACUACCGAAACUCCUCUCUGCUCCGACUGUACUCGCCACAUUACCGGGGUGUUCGUGCGCAUCAAGGACAAAAACCUACACGUGGAGUGCUUCAAGUGCUCGACGUGCGGCUCCUCCCUGAAGAACCAGGGCUACUACAACCUGAACGGCAAGCUGUACUGCGACAUCCACGCCAAGCUCGUGGCGCGCCAAAACCCGCCCGCGCCCAACCUCGAGCCUGUCACCGUGCCACCUGGCGGCCGAGUUCCAACAAACACGUAUUCAACACCCCUGCCUCCGCUCGCCACCAACAACUACACCAAUGGCAAUUCCUCUAUGUUCAGCCCGUCCAGCAACCUGUCGAGCUCAGGUCCGAAACCGUUCGGUUCAUCGUUGGGGUCCGCCUACUCGCCGUCGCUGUCACCGCGCUCGGCGCCGCUGUCGCCCGCGCGCCCGCUCGCCGCGCCCGCUGCCGCCCCCGCACCAGCCCCCGCCCCCGCCCCCGCCCCCGCCACCUUCGCACCUGCGCCCAAUUCUUUUCAUUUAUUUUCUUCCUCCCCAUUUCUAAUCUUUGUGAAUAAUCAAAUACUAAUAGCACAAAAUGUAAAAAGUAUUAUAUGGCCACCGCCACCGAACCCCCCCGAAGAUGAUUUAACUGACAUCAGACAGAAAUCUAUUGAUGGAACAUUCGCGCAAGAUAAUAAAGAUGUAUAUUCUAAAAAUGAAAGUGCGCUAAAAUCAGAGAUGUUAAGUAAUCAAAAAAGUUGUUCUGAGACAGUAUCGUCUGAGCAAACGGCUUUAUCUUCCAACGUGUCCUUCAAUGCUGCCACCAUGUCCACGGCCACAACCACAUCGUCACAGUCCUCAUCGAUGGUUCAGUCUGUGCAGUCCGGUCUUAUACAAGAAACCAAGAGCAGCAUUCAGUCCUUUACAGAACACGCUUCAUCUCAAAAUCAAAGCAUAUGCGUUUACGAAUCGCAGAUAAAUCCAAAAGGAUUUAUUCCAUUACCAUUUGAUGAAAAGUUGGAAAAUAUGAUCAAUAACACUAAGUUAGCAAAUACUAUAGAGGAGUCGUCUAUAUCGGAAACAUUUAUGAAAACACAUUCGAAGCAGGCUUCUAUUUUUAAUGAGGAAAAGUGCAUUACAAAUGUAGGAUUAGAUAAGCCUCGAAUUAAAAGUGAAUUAGUACCAGAGAAAGGUACAAAACAAAGUUUACAGCAAACGACUACCAAACAAUCAGAAGCUGGCUCUAAUGUGAAAAGUAACUUUGAGACCCAGAUACAUUUAGAAUCGAAAGAGAAAAAGAUUAAAAAUAAUAUUACAGGUUCUAUGACAGAAGCUUUAACAAUAGCUCCCGAGAGAUCAUAUUCACCUUUACCUUCGAUUCAAACAUCCGACCUACUGAGUGUUAACACAAGUCACGUGCAAUCUUUAUCAGAAAUGUCAAAUGUAAACACCCAGUCAAAUAAGUCAAAUACACUGGAGCAACAGAUAACACGUGAAAAUCCACCAAAAGUUGAUCAUAAACCAUCCAAAGUGUCAGACAAAAAAGCAAUUCAAUCACAAUCAUCUGUGGAGCAGCGGUCUCAAUCAAACCGUCAGAAAAGUAUUUCUUCUAAGAAUGGGGAACAAAAACCGUCUAAUAUGCGCGGUUCCCUAAGAGAUGCACUAACAAUAGCUCCAGAUAGGCCAUAUAAUCCUCUAGGCUCCGCAACUUUACAAAAAUAUCACAUAUCUCCCUAUACAGACACUAAUGCAGUGCCAGAUUUUCAAUCUCACAGCGAGACGGAAAAUAAAUUUGAAUCUUGCCACCUGAAAAAAGCUAAUCAACCAAAGCAGAACACCAAGGAAAUACAAUCAUCAUCAGAAUCACGCUCAGCAUUUAAACAGGUGGCCAAACAAGUAUUUCCGCCGCCGACACCUGAAGAAUUUGCAAACCUUUCUAAUUUACCCACGGAAACUGGUAGAAAUCAAUCAAGGAUUGAACAAAACACUCAAGGAAGAUAUGAAAUGAUGAAUGCUCAAAUAGAAUCAGAUCAUAUCACUGCUACAACUACUAGCAAUAUGAAUUUACAAGGCUUUUCAUCUGUUAAAACAGCACAAAACUAUUUCGAGCAACGGAAUAAAACAGAGACUUCGACUUUAACUUCUAAUAAGCCAACUUUCUGUACUCAAAUUUCGGAUAGUAUGAUUUGUUCUAAUUCAAAUGCUUCGCAAGUUGUUUCACAUAGUGCUGGCAUACCGGAAUAUCAGAACACACCGUCGACAACAGCAAAAGUAAAACAACCGGGCCAUCAAGUACAACCCAUGCCAAAGGAUAAUCUGCCCUGUCCUGUUUUUCAGCCAGUCGUUGACGAGGCAUCUAGAAGUUCUCCCGUCCGAAGUCGACCUACUACACCCAGUUUAAUUAAUAAGCCUGCUCCUAUUAUUCCUCAUUAUCAAAUGAAUCUAGUUACAGUAGAACAUACUGCUCCAAAAAGUCAGGUGUAUGAACCAUCGAGUACUGAAGCCAGUCGUUCGUCGACACCUAUGUUAAGGUCACGUUCACCUGGUCAAGGGCUUCAAUCCACCAAUUUAAAAGCUCACGCGCCUCGUAUUAAAGACACCACCUCACAGAUGCAACAAGGACCGCGUCUAAUGCAGGAAAAUGUAAAAACAGACUAUGAGAACAACCAAAGAGAUUUUCAAACAAGCGUAUGUUCAACAUUCAGUGCACAAAGAGCUCCAGAAAAAUCAGUUGUCCACGAAUCGAGAGUUUCAAAAUCAGGACAUCAAAUAGAAAAAUAUGACAACGAAAAUCUUAGUUUCAAGGAGGAUUCUAUGAUUAAUCAAAAUUAUGGACAAAAACAGAUGCAGUCGCAAAAUGUGACCGAAUAUGGAAAUACAACGGUACACACAUCGAAAAAAACGUUUGAAGAAUUUGAACAAAUGCAAACGGCUAAGGUCAUAGAAAUUACAAAGGGGGGUUCGAUUUCCUGCGACUCUUAUCAACAACAAAUCGAUUCUAACAUUCGACCAUCUAACAACUCCAGACAAGUAUUUCCGCCGCCUGUAAUGAAUUUACAAGCCAUUCACGAAACUUUACCCCCUAACACCACUAAUGAAUCUGUCGUUUCCGCUAUCAGACCAUCCGAGUUUUAUAAACCACAUCCUUCAAUUUCUGGUGCUAACCAAGUUCCAGUGUGUGAUCCUACCCCGUCGACAGGUUCGAGUGUAGGAGGCGCCGCUCGUGGCAAAACAUUCGGGGUCUCGUCCGCGCCCAAACGUGGCAGGGGAGUUUUGAACAAAGCCGUCCUGCCGGGUUCUCGUGUGCCCCUUUGCGGUUCCUGCAAUGGGAACAUUAGAAUAUCGCUUUGUAUAAAUGUUUGUGUUUUGUUUUUUCUAACAGUUAACGAUACGCAGAUUCACGGAAGUCCGGCUAAGACUGAAUUCAAAAGCCAAGCUGAGGAGAGACUUAUAAGAAAAAUGGCAAAAAUGGCACUUAACGGAUACGAAAUAGGAAUUCAAAGGAAAAUAAAACCCGCCGACCAUAUUCAGAGCAUGGCGAAUAAGAUUCAAGACACCGUUGUAACCAAACAUCCUCUCAAUUCAGACACUAUUUCAUCGGAAAACAAUAGUCGCGAAAAUACGUUACGAAGACCGUUGAACAAAAGCUUCGAUGAUGUUUGUAAAACACCUGAAAAUAAUUUCCUUAAUAAAAACACAUCGUCACCAUUGUUUAUUGAUGAUAACAAUGGUUAUCCUCCUGUACCUCCUCCCAUACCCAACACUCCCGUACCUGCAUUCGAUCCUCCGAGCCCCACAAUCUUAAAUACAUUGAAUACGCACACACCAAAGAAACAAACCGAUUAUCCAUUGAAAAAUUCCGACACUAAUUUAUUGACAUUAAGCAUACUGCAAUCACUGAACAAUUCCGAGAAAUCGUCAAAUGGAAGCGACUAUUCCAGCAGCGAUGACAUGUAUAAAGAUAAGUCUGAAAUUAACAUAAGCAAUGGUAAUACCUUACGAAAGAAGUCUAGUUUUGAAAAGUCUUCGUUCCUCGAUGGAAUGAAUACCCUAAAUCAAGAUGUAUACAAGACGGAAGUAAAAAAUGAAAACAGCUUUUCCAAUACUUUAAGCAAACGUAAACUGUUCGAAAAGAUUGAGGAUAUGAAUCAUUCGGAUGAAAUAAAAAGCAAACCAACCAACGGUUGGUCUGAACUUAACCAAACGAAUUCUCUUCGCAAAUCUCCUACAGUGGAGAACGGUAAAAACGAUAUAAAAGGUACGGAAGAAUAUGCAAAGAAAUUGCCUAACAAUUUGUACGACAACACACUUUAUGCAUUUAAAUCUCCUAAAGUGGACAAUAACGUAGCAAAUAGCAUCGAAAAUGGUAACAACGAUGAAUCUAAAACAGACAAUACAGAAACUGAAACAGUGGUGAAACGCAGGGAGAAAAAGAAAUUAAGAAACGAUGACGGUCGUAGAGAUUCUCGUAUUGUUCAACGUCCAUUGAGUACGAUGACGUCAGUGGAUGUAGCCGAAGGACAGUAUCCGGUCUGCCACAUUUGUGAGAAAGCUAUAACAAGGGGUCCAUUUAUAACCGCGUUGGGCCGCAUCUGGUGCCCGGAGCACUUCGUGUGCGUGAACGCGACAUGCCGCCGCCCACUGCAGGACAUCGGCUUUGUAGAGGAGGGCGGCCAGCUCUACUGCGAAUUCUGCUUCGAACAGUACAUCGCGCCCGCUUGCGACAAGUGUCAUGCCAAGAUCAAGGGCGAUUGUUUGAACGCGAUCGGAAAACAUUUCCACCCGGAGUGCUUCAACUGCGUGUACUGCGGCAAGUUAUUUGGUAACAAUCCGUUCUUCUUAGAGGACGGCUUGCCAUACUGUGAAGCAGACUGGAACGAGCUUUUUACAACGAAAUGUUUCGCUUGCGGCUUCCCCGUGGAGGCGGGCGACAGGUGGGUCGAGGCGCUCAACAAUAACUACCACAGUCAGUGCUUCAACUGCACGGUGUGCAAGAAGAACCUCGAGGGACAGAGUUUCUUCGCCAGAGCGGGUCGACCCUAUUGCAGAAUACACGCCCGCUAACGAUCUCCAACCGAUAAUGUACAACUCUGACACUGUUUACUCCACCACUGUAUUCCGACCCGUCUCUCUUUCUCCAUCUAUAUUCCCUGACACAGAAACACCGCCGCCGCAACGGACGAGGAAGUUGGAAACGCCCCUCCACUUCGAUGGAGGGCUGUUUUCCGACAUAAGAAGCUCGGAUGGCAAGUUACUUAGCAAAGUAACAGUCGAUCGAAUGCAUAGUUCUACGCGACGCGACGUAGUCGACACGCCCCAUGUGUCGGAGACAAGCGAUGCGCUCGGCAAUAAGGACUACGUUGAUGAUAUUGUCAAAACUGAAACUAUCACCAACGAAGAUGUCUUUAAAGUAAAAUUCACACCAGUUUCCUAUGAGUUAGACGGUCCGCAGCAAGCUACAAAAUUAUCACUUGAACGACCGCGAACACCGGUUAUACGUCCAACACUUAUUGAUCGACCAAUAACGCCUCUAAAUGUUCCAAUGACACUCUUUGAUCGUCCAA